UUAUAAACAGCUACUGAUUAAAAAUUUUUAUUAAACAAAUAACAAGUUUAACAAUAAAAUAGGAAUAAAAUGUCUUAGGUAAAUACUUCUAAGGAGUAUUACUUAGAAGUUUUAAGGUCAAAAACUUUGUUUAGAAAAAAGUAAGCUGAGAUAAUUUAGUCACUCAAAGUAGAAUUAAAUUAGAGUUAAGAGGUGUAUAAAUUAAAAGAGGAAAUAGCAAAAAACUUAACCUUAGCAUGUUCUGAAAUUUUAUCUAGUAAUAAAGAAGAAGGUAUAUAUAAGCUAUCUUGUAUUUUGAUUAUAAAAGAUAUAAUGGAUUUAGGUUAGCAAUCUGUUCUCAUAUAUGUGAGUCAAAAUCUUUUAAAUUUAAUAAAAACUACUGUUAUUAAUUUUUCAAAUACAGAUCCUGUUGGCAUUUACUACAUAUCUGAAAGUCCAAGCGAAAAAGAUUAAUAAAUAGGAGAAGCUAUAGUGGGUAGAAUGCUUGAGUGUAUUUUUACUUGGGCAUGCUGGCACUUUAGGAAUAGCAAUGGAACAAAAACAAGAUAUUUUUUAGCUUUGGAAAGCUGUCUGAGAGAAGGGACUGAGUUUCCUGAAGAAGAAAAGUUUAUCUAUUUUUAGAGAGAAGAAAUAUUUAGGUUUUAAGGAAAGGCUGGUUUUUAAGCAGUCUUGUAUUUGGAAGAUUUGGUUGAUUUAUAAUUUUAAAUUAGUGAAACUAAGAUAUUCUUGCACUAACAGUUCGAUUUAUCUGAGGCAUAAACUGAUUAGGCAAAGUUGCAAGAUUGUUUAGCAUAUUAUGAAGAAAUUUUGGCAGAUUAGAAGCAAAAAUAGCUUGAACACUUUUUCCCUGAUGAUAAAAUUAUUUAUGAGAGUGAGAUGUGGUAUGUUGAAAAAGUCGUCCCUAAGUUUCAUAGCUAUAAAUCUAAAAAAAUUACGUUUUAAGAGUUCAAAAUUAAUGUUCAGGAUAUAAUAAACAAGCAUGAAGAUUAUAAGAAAAAAGCAAUUUAACAAAAACCAAAUUAAUAAAACUAAUCAAGCGUAACCAAUAGAUCUCAGCAAGAUUCAAUUUCUGGAUAGGCUACACAAAAAUCAUCUGAGGCUUAAGCAGUAUAAAAGUAAAAUUAAUAAUCUAACAGAACAGUUGAAUAAAGUUCAGGUAAAAUGCCACCUGAGAAUGUAGAUUAAUAAAAGCAACAAACUCGUGCAACUUAGUAAUCAAUAGGCUAACAAAUGUAAAGCAAAAAUUAGGGUGCACAAUAAACAGAUGAAUAGUAAUAGUCUUCGAUGAGAAAAAAUAGUGUCGAAAAAAGAAAUGAUGGAGGCUAAAAAUAGCCAUCAUAAAGUCAAUUAGAUAAUUAACAAAAAUAGAAUAUUGAUGAAUUAAAAUAAGAACAAUAAUUGUUUUUAAGAAAAAUCCUCGAACUCGAAAAUAAAAUCAAAGAAAAAGAUGAUUCAAUCAAAAAAUUUGAAGAUAUAAUGUUAAAAUCAGAAUAAGAGCUUAAACAAUUAAAGUUAUCAAAAAAGCAAUAAGAGGAAACCAUUGAAAAUUUAGAAGAAUAACUUCAGGAAUACAGGCUAUCAGAGAUGUCUCAAAAAAAUUAGAACUCCCAAAAAAGUAACGAGGAAACUUUAAGAUUGCAAUAAAAAUUAAAUGAAUAGAUUGAGGAAAAGGACAAAUUAAAAUAAAAAAUAACUUUUCUUUAGAGUGAAUUAGAAGAAUCUUAAAAGGACAGAGCAUUCUUAUAGUCAAAGAAAGAUGAAAAGGAAUAAGAAGUUGAUUCUCUCAAUAACAGAAUUGAAGAACUUUAAAAUCAAGUAGAAGAUUUGAACUAAAAUCUUCAUCUGUAACAAUAAAAAAUUUAUGAAAUCUAAGAAGAAAAAGAAAAUGAGGUUAGAGUUGAAAGAUUCAAUUUAGAGUAAGAAAAUGAUAGACUGAAAGGUUUAAUCAGUGAACUUGAGCUUAAAAUACAAUCGCUAAGCCAUGAAAAAGAUUUUAAUUAUCAAGACUUGUAGGUAAAUUAAAAUCUUUUAGAAGAGAGUAUAAAAUAGUUGCGUGCAGAAAAUGAAGAAUAAAAAAAUUUUAUUAGUCAACUAUAGCAAAUAGCUGCAGACGAAGAAUAAAAGACUGUGAAAUGGUAAUAAGAUUAUGAUAUUUUAUUAGCAGAGCAUCAAAAUCUAAAAGAAGAUUUAAAUACAGCAAGAGCUAACUAGAAUAAAAUUAAAUAAGAGGAUUAUAACUUUUAGAUCUUAGAAAACUAAAUAAAGAAUCUUACAGAAAGGAAUAAAGAAUUGGAGCAUCUAUUAGAAUAAGCAGAGCUUAAUGCUGCUGCGGCUCCUUCUUAAUUGAGUAAUUAAGAUUAUCAUGAUCGUAGUUCAUACUAGUAGAGAGUGCAAGAAUAUGAUAAUAAGAUAAAUUAAUUGUAAGAAGAAAACCAUAAUAUUCCUAUUUUGCAAACUAAAAUUAAUGAACUUGAAACUUUAAUCAAUCAAUAAUAGAAAAGCAAUCCUGUUAAAUCAGCUGAUUAGGAAAUGAGAUAUUCUUAAAUUAAGAAAGUUCUAGCAGAGACUAUUGAAAAAAGUAAAUAACUAGAUACACAACUAAACACUUUUAUAUAGUAAAAACACUCAGUUUCUUAAUAGUAAGCUUUUGCUGCUCAAAGAUCAUCAUCUGCUCAGAACUUCAGAGUUCCUUAAUAAAAUUAGCAUAAAGAUUAUGAAAGUUCAAGAGAAGAAUACAACAAUUAAUUUGCAAGCACAUAGCAAUUAAGACGCCCUGAUUUGUUAAAUAGAUCAUAUAGAGGAGCUGAAUAGGAGAACGACCUAAAGCAUUACAUGACUUAGCCUAAUUUUUACAAUCCAAAUAGAAGCAAUAAUGAAAGUUAAAAAUUGAGACUUUCUUAAUUAAAUAGUAUGAAAUAUAAUAAAUUAAGUGGUAUGGCUUCUACAAACGGCUUUUCAAAUAUGAAGAAUUCUUUCAAUAAGAAAGUAGAACAAAUAUUUGUAGAUGAAAGUUUAGCCUUACCUGAAAAAUAUGAAGACGAAGAGGCCCAAUUAAAUUAAUCUGUAAAUUCUUUAAAUGAUAUAAGAGACUUGAGACAAAUUGAUAGAAUAAGAGCUGAUCUUAUAUUCCCAUUCAGAAAUCCUAAAACAUAUUAUUCAAAUAAAGCACGACUAAAAAGUUAAAAAGGAAAAUUAGUCUAAUACGAUGCAAAUUUAUUCAGCUAUAUUCGCUUCUCAUAAGAAACUUUGUAUAAGUUCAAAAGAUCUAAUUUGAAGUGGAAAUUCUCCAUUUUUGAAAAUGAGGAUUUGCAAAUAGGAUAAAUAAGUAGUUCAGAUGUCAUUAACAAUCAAUACAUCGUUAAGUUAGGUCUUUAUUUCACAAAUAAAACAGAUAACGAUAUCUCUAACUUGUCAAUUACAUACUUGCACUCUAAUAAAAUUUUAAUGCAAAAAGAUUAACAAAUUCUUAUGGCACAACUUACUUCAAAAAAGCAAAUAAAAUAAUCAUUAACACUAUCUUAUACAUAAAUUCCAUACGAAGUGGUUUUGGCUGAUGUAGAGUAUAGGUGUCAUGGAUUUAACCAGAAGUUCUAAGUUCCAAUACCUUGUCUCUUAACAAAAUACAUAGAAAUUUAGGAAUUAUAAAAUGAAGCUUAGUUCAAAAAUCUAUGGAAAGAAAUAUCUAAAUUUAAUUUAAUUACUUCUGAAGACUGUAGCAUUAAUAGAUCUAUAGCUAAAUCUCCUUAGGAUUUUCAUAACUAUUUUCCCCACUUCCUAAAUUUAAACCCUGAAAAAGCAAGCUAAUUCCACUUAGGUCUAAAUGAUUACAUUUUGGGCGGAUAAAUAUACUUGAGAGAGCCUAACGUAACUUUCAUGCUCAAGAUAUAUUUGAAGCCAAAUAAUAUGAUAUCAUUUAAAAUUUCAAGCGGAUCUGAAUUUGAAGAUAGAAAUGUCGUUGAAUUCUUCUUACAAAACCUAUUAUUUUUGUUUACGAUUCAAUGA